AAACCAGUUAUCAACCAUGUACAGAACUCAAUUAGCUAAACAAGUCUCUACCAAGAGAAUCUUACUCAAACAAUUCUCUACCACUUCUCAAUUGUCAUCUUGGAAUGAUAUUCCAUUAGCUCCACCUGAUAAGAUUUUGGGUAUUACCGAAGCUUUCAAGGAAGACAAAAAUACCAAGAAAAUUAACUUGGGUGUUGGUGCUUACAGAGACAACCAAGGUAAGCCAAUUAUUUUCCCAAGUGUCAAGCAAGCUGAAACCAAGCUCUUGCAAACUGAAACUGAAAAGGAAUAUACUCCAAUUAACGGUUCCAAGACUUUCCAAAACAUUGUCAAGAACUUCAUUUUCAACAACUCUAACAAGGAUGCUAACGGUAAGCAAUUGAUUGAAGAUGGCAGAAUUGUCACUGCUCAAACUAUCUCCGGUACCGGUUCUCUUCGUGUUAUUGCUGAUUUCUUGAACAGAUUCUACUCUUCCAAGAAGAUUCUCGUUCCUCAACCAACUUGGGCUAACCACGUUGCUGUUUUCGCUGAUGCUGGUUUAACCCCAGAAUACUAUGCCUACUAUGACAAGUCCAAGAAUGACUUGGAUUACGCCAACUUGAAGAAGUCUUUGGCUGAACAACCAGAAGGCUCCAUUGUUCUUUUACAUGCUUGUUGUCACAACCCAACUGGUAUGGAUUUGACUCCAGAACAACAAGACGAAGUGUUACAAAUCGUCCAAGACAAGAAAUUCUUCCCAUUGGUUGAUAUGGCUUACCAAGGUUUCGGUAGUGGUAUUCCAUAUGAAGAUAUUGGAUUCAUUAGAAAGUUGACUGCUUUAGCCAACUCCAACAAGAUUCCAUCCUUUGCAUUAUGUCAAUCCUUUGCCAAGAACAUGGGUCUUUACGGUGAACGUACUGGUUCUAUUUCCAUCAUUACUUCUUCUGGUGAAGCUUCCAAGGCUGUUGAAUCCCAAUUGAAGAAGUUGAUUAGACCAAUGUACUCUUCUCCACCAAUCCACGGUUCCAAGAUUGUUGAAACCAUUUUCCAAGAUGAAGCCUUGUUGCAAUCUUGGUUAAGCGACUUGAACCAAGUUGUUGGUAGAUUAAACACUAUCCGUCAAACCUUGUAUGAUAGAUUAGACAAGACUAACUACAACUGGGACCACUUGUUGAAGCAAAAGGGUAUGUUUGUUUACACUGGUUUAUCAAGUGAACAAGUUAUCAGAUUGAGAAAUGAAUUCUCUGUCUAUGCUACUGAAGAUGGUAGAUUCAGUAUUUCUGGUAUUAACGACAACAACGUUGAAUACUUGGCCAAUGCUAUUAACGAAGUUAUUAAGAAGUAAUAAAAAAAAGUUUUAUAUAUAGUUAAUAAAUGAAAGUAUGAGUAUU